ACAGUUUGAGAUCUGUAACAUUCUAAUGAGAUUAUUUCUAAGGAGAAUAUUUGACUUUUCUCACUUUCUCUGCAGAGAAACAAAUUGUCAUUCUCCUCUUACAGAGGGGCAGUGGAGUGUCUCUGGGUCAGCUGAGUGCCUAUAUCAAAGCUCCCAGCCUUGAAAAAGACACCCUGUUCCCAGGCCUCAAGAUAUUGAAACAUUAAUUAGAUAAUUUAAAGUAGGGUUUUCUUCUGCAAUGUCUGAAGAAGUGACCUAUGCGACACUCACAUUUCAGGAUUAUGCUGGAGCAAGGAAUAACCGACAUGGAAAUAACCUAAGAAAAAAAGGGCAUCCAGCUCCAUCUCCCAUUUGGCGUCAUGCUGCCCUGGGUCUGCUAACUCUUUGCCUGAUGUUACUGAUUGGGCUGGUGACGUUGGGGAUGAUGUUUUUGCAGAUAUCUAAUGACAUUAACUCAGAUUCAGAGAAAUUGAGUCAACUUCAGAAAACCAUCCACCAGCGGCAGGAUAACUUUUCCCAGCAACUGGGCAACUCCAAUAACUUGUCCAUGGAGGAGGAAUUUCUCAAGUCACAGAUCUCCAGUCUACUGAAGAGGCAGGAACAAAUGGCUAUCAAACUGUGCCAAGAGCUAAUCAUUCAUACUUCAGACCACAGAUGUAAUCCAUGUCCUAAGAUGUGGCAAUGGUACCAAAAUAGUUGCUAUUAUUUUACAACAAAUGAAGAGAAAACCUGGACUAACAGUAGAAAGGACUGCAUAGACAAGAACUCCACCCUAGUGAAGAUAGACAGUUUGGAAGAAAAGGAUUUUCUUAUGUCACAGCCAUUACUGAUGUUUUCAUUCUUUUGGCUGGGAUUAUCGUGGGACUCCUCUGGCAGAAGUUGGUUCUGGGAAGAUGGCUCUGUUCCCUCUCCAUCCAUAUUUAGUACUAAAGAACUGGACCAGAUCAAUGGAUCCAAAGGAUGUGCGUAUUUUCAAAAAGGAAAUAUUUAUAUUUCUCGCUGUAGUGCCGAAAUUUUUUGGAUUUGUGAGAAGACGGCCGCCCCAGUGAAGAUUGAGGAUUUGGAUUAGUAUGCUUCUUCCAAAUUCUCCAAGAAGUAAGAGACUUGGAGAGGAAAGAGGAAACUACGGUACCAGAGCCAAAACCAGCUUUUAAAAUGACUGUGUAUUUACAUCAUCAGACGAAUGAACUUGUUUAACAAACAUUCUCCAGUUCCUUGUCUGACAUCUUCUGAUUUGAUGUUAUUAUUCAGUCUUACAAUUAACCCUGGGGACCAAGGGGAAUAGCCAUACUAUGGCUUUAUGAUUGUCUCAGAAUCAUUUCACUGAAUUUCUUUGCUUUCUCAAAUAAAGACUCCUUUCUUACAUUAUUA